GAAAGAUUAUUGAGAGGAAAGAAAAUAGUUUGUUUAAAACUGAACAUCGUUUUUCGCUUAAGUUGUGUUAGUUUUACUGAGAGUAGACGAAUAGGGACAAAUGUUCACGAAAAGGCAGUUGACAGAAAUGCUUUGAAAUGCUUUACACCCCGAGCAGCUGCUGUUUUCAAUAACCAGUUAGUUACCCAGUGUCAAAACAGACGGCUCUCAUCCCUAUCAAAUUCAACUCGACCUCGCUGAAACGAACGCUGUUUUUAAUGUAAUGCUGCCGUAGUGGAAACUUUUUUUUAAAAAAAACAUACUUUGCAAUAUUUUGUUAUUUAACCAAAAUAUCGAGAGAAAACUGAACUGCCUUGAAAAAAAAUGCUGGUAUCCAAGGACUGAUUAGAUGACACGCAGUGUAUUAAAAUUUGCAGACAUUUUAACAGCAAUAUGCAAGAUAGUUAGAGUCCCCCGGGGCAGCAGCAUUUUUUAUAUCUUUCACACAAGGUCAAAACCCCAUCUCUGCCUGUGUGUCUGUGUGUGUGUAAGACUCGUAGUUGAAAAAGGGCCAUCGUUUUCAGAGUAUUGUAAUGUAGUUACUUAGGAGAUUGAGAGAGAGGGAGUACUGAACCACAGACUGGAUCAUUUUGGUUUCUCAUUUACUGUGUACUCGUGUUUGAUUUCGCGUUAGGUUUAGUUCUUAAUAUUUCUGAGAACAGCUAAGGCUACGUUUUUCAAAGGCGAAAUGGGUCUCCUUUAUUUAAAAAAUGGAAGGAAAAAGAAUCCAUCUGGUGUAUAAAUAAUAUAGAUGACUCAAGUCGGUUCCUGUUGCUGUUUGUGCUUGCGCUCCGUUCAUCCCCUUGACAUCUCUCUGGAGGCUUGUUCUCGACGCUAUGAGGAUGAAGUAAUUUCCAGUAAAGAGUAAUUGCUCCCACAAAAAGAAUACAAGAUUUCAUCAUGAGCUAAAAAUAGGGGAGUUUGAAGACAGAUUUUCAUAAGAUGCUGCUUAUCCCUUACACGGAAAGAACUUUAUGCACUGAAAAGACCUCAGGUAAAUCCAAGAUGGCCGCCAAACGGAAAGGUGGCCUAAAACUGAACGCGAUCUGUGCCAAGCUGAGCCGGCAGGUGGUCUACGACGAUGUCUCCCAGCAUGGAGAGGGAGACCUGAGCACACAGGAGAAUAGCGAGCGGGAGGGCUCCUACCAUGAAGACCUCGACAGGUCCGAGGCUGAGUUUACAGAAGGACUAAACGAUAUCCAAAGCUUCGAGGAAGACAAGAGGCGGAGGGAGGCCAUUGAGAAAUGGGUAAAUGGGGAUUAUUCGGACGAGCCCCCCAUGGACCACAGGGAGGCGAGGGUAAGGAAAGCCAUCGCUGGCGAGGAGCGCCCCCCUGAAGGGGUAUACAUGGUACAGCCCAAAGGCUGCAGUGAUGAGGAGGACAAUGCAGAGGACCUGGAAGAGGUUCAGGGGUCACAGGACGGCAGUUACCAUGACGACAGGGAUUCCGAGGAGGCUGCCCACAAGGAGGACAGCUACAAUUCUUCCAGCGAGACUCCUGUUAGGCAGGUCCCCUUUGCUUCCCCAGGGGAAGCCUCUGCCCUCCGUGACUAUGCAGCAAACACCAUGAAUGAGUUCCUGGGCAUGUUCGGUUACGAUGACCAGCAGGUGAGGGAUGAACUGGCCAGGAAGAUAAGCUUCGAAAAGCUGAAAGCUGCUACCUCAGAGUCCUCCCCCCUUUCAAAUGACGAGGUCACCCGGCGGGCUCGCUUCUCCAAGUACGAGGAGUACAUCCGCAAACUGAAGGCCGGCGAGACUCUACCCUGGUCGGUGCACGCCCCCAAACCCGAGGACUUGAACUCCAGACUGGCGCAGGAAAAGGGGGCCCUACUCCAGCCGGCUGGGCAGCUGCACAGCCCUGAGGGACAGAUUCUCCCGCCGGACCCCAAGGGCGUCACCCUGUCCGUACCUCCCACCAGCUCCUCCCAAAUGCAGAGCCUGGCUUCCCGGGCUUCAAAGUACGACUUCUUCAUCCAGAAGCUGAAAACCGGUGAGAGCUUGCGGCCGCAGAAUGGCAACACCUACAAGAGGCCCUCCAAGUAUGACCUGGAUAACGUCAAGUACCUGCACCUGUUCAAGCCUGGGGAGGGCAGCCAGGACAUGGGGGGAGCCAUUGCCUUCAAAACUGGAAAAGUAGGAAGGCCUUCCAAGUACGAUAUCCGCAACAUCCAGAAGCUGAUGCCGGUGAAGACGGAGCCAGCUCUCAUCCUGCCUCCGCUCUCGGGAACGGCAGGGGCACUGGGAACGGCUGCUACUGCAGCCUCAGCCACCGCUGCUAUAGGGGAGCAGUCUCCACACCUCAGCUUCAACACCCCCGAGCACAUGAAAUCCAGCUUCUCUAAGACUGACUCCAUCACCACUGGAACUGUGUCUACAGUCAGCAUGCACCUUGUGGGCAAGAGAUGUGUAGCAGCGGAACCCAGUACACCCAGUCAGAUCGGACAGGCUAUUCAUCACAACAUGAAUGGAUUGCCAGCAGAGAAAACAGUCAUUGAAGAUGUCAAUCUGUACCAGAAAUAUAUUGCCAGGUUUUCUGGCAGCCAGCACUGUGGACACCUGCACUGUGCCUACCAGUAUAGAGAGCACUACCACUGUCUGGACCCUGAGUGCAACUAUCAGAGAUUCACCAGUAAGCAGGACGUCAUCCGGCAUUACAACAUGCACAAGAAGCGGGACAACUCCCUGCAACACGGGUUCAUGCGCUUCAGCCCACUGGACGACUGCAGCGUGUACUACCACAGCUGUCACCUGAACGGCAAGAGCACGCACUACCACUGCAUGCAGGUGGGUUGCAAUAAAGUGUACACCAGUACUUCAGACGUGAUGACUCACGAAAACUUCCACAAAAAGAACGCCCAGCUUAUCAACGAUGGCUUCCAGAGGUUCCGGGCCACUGAGGACUGUGGGACAGUGGAGUGUCAGUUCUACGGGCAGAAAACCACACACUUUCACUGCAGACGGCCGGGCUGUACCUUCACCUUCAAAAACAAAUGCGACAUCGAGAAGCAUAAGAGCUACCACAUCAAGGACGACGCGUACGCCAAGGACGGCUUCAAGAAGUUCUACAAGUAUGAGGAGUGCAAGUAUGAGGGCUGCGUCUACAGCAAGGCCACCAACCACUUCCACUGCAUCAGAGCGGGCUGCGGCUUCACCUUCACCUCCACUAGCCAGAUGACCUCCCACAAGCGCAAGCAUGAGAGGCGCCACAUCCGCUCCUCAGGCGUGCUGGGCCUGUCCUCCUCCUUCCUGGUGCCCAAGGAAGAGCCCGAUGAGUCCAGCAACGAUGACCUCAUGGACUUCUCUGCCAUCAGCAGCAAGAACUCUAGCCUGAGUGCCUCGCCCACCACUCAGCAGUCCUCCUCAGUGCCCCACAUGCUUCCGACGCCUACCACCGCCAUCUCCUCCAGCCAGAUGGUCAAGCCCACCACCAGCCUCCCGCUGGCCAGCAAGAUGUCCAGCCUCCUUGCCCAGGCCCUCCCCAGCAGCAUGCCCGUGGGCCUGGCUCUCUCCGGCUCCAACCCCUUUUUCCCCAUCAUCCCCAGGCUUCCGCUGCAACUCCCUGUCUCUGCUGCCAGCUUGAUCUCGGCAGUCUCUUCCAAUGCUGCUUCGGCGCCCACAGAGUCCCUCUCCCAGAGUGGAUCAGCCUCCGGGGAGCCAGCCCCUGACGUCACCUCCUCGUCACAUACAGCAUCCUCCAUCAUGGAGAAGAUCUCGGCCAGCAAGGGCUUGAUAUCCCCCAUGAUGGCCAGACUGGCAGCUGCUGCCCUAAAGCCUUCUGGGAACCCAGAAACAGGGAUUGGCCAGCAAGCUCUACCAGGGCGGUUUAAUCUGGUUCAAGUGAAGCAAGAGCCCAUGGAUGGCACCACUGUGGCUUCUCAGGAUUCCAUGCAGGAACAGAGCUUGGAUCUCAGCAAGAAGGACCACAGUAAUGAAUCAAACGGACACCCUGCACCGGCAAAUACAUCUCUUUUAUCCUCGCUUAUGAAUAAGUUUUAUCUUUUGCAGAUGUCGCAGGCGAACGCAGGAUUUUUUAACGCAAUGAACGUUAAGGCGGAGGUGGAGAGCAGCCAGACGGGAGAUGGCUCGGAAAUGGCCCAGUACCUGAGCAGAGUGAUGAAGACCCCGGCACAGGAGAAGCCAGUCGAGUUCUGGAGGACCUACCUGAGGAGGUUUGACACUGAGGAUUACUGUGAGACGCGGUGUGAUUUUCUACAUAAAGUUCAUUUCCACUGUUUGGUGGAGGACUGUGGGGCUCUGUUCAGCACCCUGGAUGGAGCAGUCAAGCACGCCAACUUCCAUUUCAGAGCCACACUGAAAGUAAAGUCAGAGCCAUCUCAGAAUCCUCCCUCAGAGGCAGGGCUCCCCCAGCUGCCCGCCCCGGUCUCCAUGUCCUCCACUCCCAGCCUGGACCUGCCCACCAUGAGCCCUGUGGGCAGCUUCACCUCCGCCCCUUCGCUUCUCACCUGGAAGCAGCUCCCCCAGCUCCCAGCCUCUGUACCCAGCUUGGCUGCCUCCUCACCCCUGGCAACCACCUCCCUAGAGAACUCCAAGCCGCAGGUCAAACCAGGAUUCCUCCAGUUCCACGACAAUGAUCCUUGCCUUGCGACAGACUGCAAGUACUCCAACAAGUUCCACUUCCACUGUCUCUUUGGGAACUGCAAGUACGUGUGCAAGACGUCCGGCAAGGCCGAGUCCCACUGCCUGGACCACAUCAACCCCAACAACAACCUGGUGAACGUGCGAGACCAGUUCGCAUACUACUCCCUGCAGUGUCUCUGUCCCAACCAGCACUGCGAGUUCCGAAUGCGAGGGCACUACCACUGUUUGCGGCCCUCCUGCUAUUUCGUCACCAACAUCACCACCAAGCUGCCCUGGCAUGUAAAGAAGCACGAGAAGGCAGAGCGCAGGGCGGCCAAUGGCUUCAAGUACUUCACCAAGCGGGAGGAAUGUGGCAGACCAGGCUGUAAAUACAACCAGGUGAACAGCCAUUUCCACUGUAUCCGAGACGGGUGCUUGUUCUCCUUCCUGCUCAAACAUCAGAUGACCUCCCACUCCCGGAAGCACAUGAGAAGAAUGCUGGGCAAGAACUUCGACAGACUCCCAUCCCAGAUGGCGUCACAUUCUCAAAGGCAGGAGGAGAUGCAUCACAUGGCAAACAUGUCAUCCGGGUCAGUGGGCCAAUCCGGCCUGGCCCAGAGUUUCAUGGAUGAAACAGACGACUACAUGGACUACAUGGGGGGUGGGAGCCCGCUGGGGAUCUCGUCCGAGUCCUCGAACCCAGACCGCAGCUGCAGCAGCACCCCGGUGGGCAACGAGAGCUCCUCAGCAGGCUGCCUGGUCACCUAUCCUGCUGCUGUGUAUGCCACACCCCCUUCCACUGACGCUACAGCCACCCACAGUGCACUGCAACCUCCACCGCCUCCUCAGCCACUGCUCCAAGCUCCGCCUCCAUCUUUCCCACAAGCCCUGCUCAGGCCUCCUCUUCCUUCCCUUCCAUACCUCCUCUCUCCAUCCUGUCUCUCAUACUCUCUGCUCAGCGCCACUCUGGGAGCCGCCCGGAGCGUUGUCAUGCCAACCACUACGCCAGGUUUCAGUCCAAUCAUUGCCUCUCCGUCUCCAGUUAAAAGUGAUGUCCCGAUAGUACAAGAUGCUGCAGGCAACACCAUUUCCAUGCCUACGGCAUCCGGGGCAAAAAAGCGCUUCUGGAUCAUCGAGGAUAUGUCGCCGUUCGGCAAGAGGCGCAAGACGGCCUCGUCGCGGAAGAUGCUGGACGAGGGCAUGAUGCUGGAGGGCUUCCGUCGUUACGACCUGUACGAAGACUGCAAGGACCCGGGCUGCCAGUUCUCCCUGAAGGUGACCCACUACCACUGCACUCGGGAGAACUGCGGCUACAAGUUCUGCGGGCGCACGCACAUGUACAAGCACGCGCAGCACCACGACCGCGUCGACAACUUGGUCCUGGAUGACUUCAAGAGGUUCAAGUCCUCCCUCAGCUGCAACUUCCCCGACUGCCAGUUCUCCGGCAACAGCACCCACUUUCACUGCCUGCGCUGUGGCUUCCGCUGCACCGACAGCACCAAGGUAACGGCUCACCGCAAGCACCACGGCAAGCAGGACGUUAUCAGCGCCGCCGGCUUCUGCCAGUUUAGCUCCAGCGUGGACUGCGAGGUGGCCGAGUGCAAGUACAAGCUCAAGUGCUCCCACUUCCACUGCACCUACCUCGGGUGCAAGCACACCGUGGUGGGCAUGUCCCAGAUGGACUCCCACAAGCGCAAGCACGAGAAGCAAGAGCGGGGCGAGCUGCCCUCCAUCUCCCCGAGCCGAGAUGGUCCCAUGGCAGGAGGAGCAGUUAUCCCCCCGGACUCUCCCAAAGAGGAAGGCUCCCUCGGUAUCGCUCCCUGCUUCCCCCCUGCCGCCAUCUCCUCUGAGUAUGACCCGCAGGUGUCCUCCAUCAGCCUGGACAGCUCCCUCAAUCUGGGCAUCGACACCAGCAGCUCCCUGUUCUUCCUGAAGAAUGCCGCAGGCAUUGGCCUCAAUGACUCCCUGGACCUCAGCAAGAAGUCCCACCACGGUGCGCUUGAGGUGGCCACCUCUUCCCCCAACACCAUCAACACGCAGGCACCUCACGAUGAGAACACAGUGACUUCAGGGGACGUGGAGGACGACCUGUCCCCCGAAGAGGAGGAGGAUGAUGAUGAUGAAGAGGAUGAGGAAGAGGAAGACGAGGGAGAGGAGGAUGACGAUUUGAACACAGACUCUUAUGAAGACUCCGUGCCCGAGCCCGAGGGCUUGGCCGGUGGAAAAGACAAUGGAGAGAGUUUCGAUGCUUCCACAAACUACGCAGAUGCUUCCGGUCUGGCUGAUAACAACGUAGCGGCUGAUCCCUAAACAUUUAGAUUAAAUAAAAAUGAGAAGGCGAUAUGUAAAUCUGUAUGAAAUGAACAAAAAACAAUAAGUGGCUUCAGUUAACAUAUUAAGGACAAAACACAAACUAUUUAUGACAGCCCAAAUUCGUUAUUAUAAUUAUGUUUACAAGACGACCAACAUUAUUGAUUUUAAUAUGCAGAAGAAGAAAAACUAAAUGGAGCCUGUCUUCACACAAGGGCUGGGCAGAAUGUAAAGCGUUUGCUACACAUCAGUGCAUGUCUGUUUUUUAUUUAUUUUUUUGUUUGUAAUUGUUUUUCCCCCAGAGUGUGAAAAGUGGGGGUGGGGGUGUGUGUGUGUGGAGGUUGAUAUACUGUACUGUUGUAAGGCAUUUAUAGCAGACUUUUAGUAGACUGCUGAACCCUUAUUAUCAGUAAAAGGGAAAUCAAUAUACAAUUAUAUAUAUAUUUAUAUAUAUAGAGAGAGAUAGAUAUUAUAUAUAUAU